AAAUUUGGGAUUUGAGUCAAAUAACUUUUGUUUAAUUAGUUGCAAGAAUAAUGAAAAUAUUCAUCUGGUUCUCAAAAGGGGCGUGUUUAUUCGGCUGAGUACACUUGGAAUUUAGCUCGUAGAGCGAAAUAAAAUAAAAAUUGAACAACUUUUGUAAUUAAUUAAUUAAUUAUUAUUUUGAAGAUGGAGUCGGGCUCUAAUGGCGAAGAACCCACAUCCUGGGAUGAGAUGUACAACAUUAAUCUGAUGCCAUCGGAGCUGUUUCUCAAGUUUCGUAAAGAGUUACAAGGUUUUCGGUUUGGUGUCAAUUUGGAGUUUUAUAAUGCUCCAUCCAAUGAGUUUCAAGGAAAACUUGUGUUGAAGCCAUUGUCUCCUGAUAAAAUGUGGAAGUUUGUUUACGAACCUCUUCAACAGGAUGUCCGCCUUCUUUCAAAAAAAAUCCCUGUAACCAAAUAUCUAAAUCUUCAGGUUGGAAUAGGCCAUAACUUUCUUAUGCAUGCAACUGGUUGGAAAUGGAAGCUUAGUACAUGUUUUGGUGGAGAUGGUAUAUCUCGAAUUCGUAAUAAAACAACACUUGGCUUGUGCCCUGGUUUGGAUUUUCGAUUUGGGUGGAGGGCUGAUUAUGUCCUUCCAGAAAUUACUGGGGCGUUGGGCACCGGUGAGCCAUUGUUCAACAUGAAUUCAGGAAAGUUCCAAGCAUCAUUAGACAGAUUUGAGACCAUUUUAACCCAUUCAGAUAAAAUGGUUUAUACUUCGGAUGAAAUAUUUUAUACUGAUGAGAAGAACUCACAAGACUGCUGAGAGUUUGGAGAUAAAGCAUGGUGGAAGAUGAAACACUCAUUUAACACUGGAUACGAUGUUUCUUCAUAUUCAGCUAAUGGUCUCUACUUAUGAUGAGGAUGCUGCAUGCACCUCUAGCAACAUGGUGUGUACUGUUUGUUGCUGUAAUUUUCUGUGCUGAAUGAUGAUUUAUUUUGAAUAUAACCUAAAUAUUUAAUCUAAUUGGCUUCAUUAGGAUGUUGAUUUAUGCCUUUUUAGAACAUCUCGAAGAGGCGCUCUCUAACUUCUCUUUAUACCCAUUAUAAAUUUUUGAUAUUGGGAAAGGAAGAUAUGAACAUUUAUUGAAUUUUUAAUAGUUUUUUAAGUUGAAUUUACUUUUUUAAAUGAGUUAUUUAAUAAAAAUUUGAAUUUAUAAUAA